GGCCCCCCUGGCAUCAGCUGAUUACGACUGACAUCCGUCGCACAGGGUAUCGCACUGAACAAUUACAUGAUUAAUUAAUUUCGCUGCGCUUGCCGCGGCCAGGAGGGUCAUGAGUUGGCAGUCCUUAUGUUCCUUUGGCUUGAUAAAGUGGUGAGGACUACUACUCGUGUCACUUGCGCAUUAUCAACCGGAUAGAACGCUACAUCAUUAACGAUAGUUCCGAAUGACCGUGACUUGUUUGUGAAUAAGCGAGAGACUUUGUGUGACUGCUUCGACAAUGACUGCAGAUACUGACGCAUCGACUUUGUGCCUGCAAAACAAGAAAACAGCUGCACUCACACCGUCCAAAGGUUUACAAGACAAAAAAGACGAAGAUGAGAAGUAUGAGGAGAUCGAGGAUGAGGCCUCGACAGCCAGGGCCUGGACUCCCCUCGUCGUGCUCGGGGGAAUCACUUGUUGCUUUGGAUCGGCACUGCCAGCUGGAUUCAACAUCGGUGUCAUGAACAAUCCAGCAGAGAUCAUGCAAGCCUUCUGCAACUCAAGCUUCCAACAGCGGUAUGCCGUACAGUUAGAUAAGACUGAAUUGAACAUAAUCUGGGGGGCAGUGGUGUCGAUAUUUCUGAUCGGUGGAGUAACGGGCUCCCUCCUAGCGAGUUGGAUUGCCGAUAAAUAUGGGAGACGAGGAGCUCUAGCUAUCGGAAAUAUAUGUGGGAUCAUCGGUGCGAUAUUAUUCCUGCUAGCGCCUACAUUGAAUUCAGUGGAAGUUUUAAUGCUUGGACGGCUGAUGGUCGGACUCUCUGGAGGUAUUGCAACGAGUGUGUUACCCACGUAUGUGACUGAGAUAGCCCCUUUGAGACAAAGAGGGGCAGUGGGUGUUCUCUGUCAACUAGGAAUCACCGUUGGUGUAUUCUUCGGUCAAGUUGCCGGUCUCCAAGCUGUCCUAGGUACAGCUGAGCACUGGCACCUCAUGCUGGCUUGUUUUGCACCCCUGUGUGCAAUAUCGCUGAUAAUUCUGCAGGUUCUGCCCGAGAGCCCCAAGUAUUUGUACAUUAUUAAGGGACAAGAAGACACGGCAAUUCAAGAGCUCCGUCGGUUACGAAAUCUCAAUGUUAGUCUCCUUCAGAAGGAAAUACGGGCUCUUAGAGAAGAAGCUACUGCACGUACCACCAUGGAUACGUGGACAAUGCGCCGUGUCCUGAGUGAUCCGUCCGUGAGACUGCCAUUGCUUUUAGUAUCGUCUUUACAGUUGGGUCAGCAGUUGAGUGGAAUCAACGCGGUCUUUUAUUAUUCGAAUAUUAUAUUCAAGAAGUCGAAUUUGAACGCCACUGGUGCACAAUAUGCCACACUUGGGACUGGACUUAUUAACAUUGGAAUGGCUGUUAUAUCUGUGUGGCUAAUGUCGAGGUUUGGCAGGAGAUUGCUCUUUUUGAGCAGUUCCAUUGCCAGUGCAGUCUGUCUUAUGGUGCUUUGUAUCUCCUUGAAAGCUAUCGAUUCUGCAGCUUUCAUGCCCUGGCUCUGCACAAUCACAGUUCUUGCCUACGUAUUGUUCUAUGGCAUUGGUCUAGGGCCCAUCCCCUACUUCAUUGGAUCUGAAUUAUUUCAAGUGGGACCGAGACCUGCUGCCAUGUCUCUAGGUAGUGUUUGCAAUUGGGGUGGUAAUUUUAUCGUGGGAAUGCUUUUCCCACCAUUGGAGGCUAUCAUGGGGCCCUUGGUCUUCCUGCUAUUCGCGUUAUCCACUAUAUUAGUGGGACUUUUUGCCAGGUACUAUCUACCAGAAACUCGAGGCGUUGACACCUCUCUGACAGCUUCUCUAUUAUCAAGGGGAUUCAGCUCUCGGAGGCAGGAUAUUGAGAACUCGUAAUAUCAAUAAAUCAAGCGAUCCUUCCGCUCACUGUCAUCACACAAAUGCCAACGUGCCUAUUGUAAUUUUUUUUAUUCGUCUAUUUCACAAAUAUGCGAUUAUACAGAAUGUCUAAUUGUUCAUAAAAGCAUAAACAUAGUACUGUGUGCGGUGCUAUUCGCAUCCAAGUGGGGAAAGUUCCUUUGUACAAACCGAGUAAGCCCUCAGUUUUACUUAUUUUUAUCAAUGCGUCGAGAAAGCCACGAUACAGCAGGGGUUUACCACUUGAAUCCGUGCCUGUCAUCAAUCAAUUUAAGAGUGAGAACGUCUCUUAAAGUAUUUUUAUGAAUUCUUAAUAAAGUGAUUUGUGAAAAAUAA